CUCUGAGAGCCAAGAUGUAAGAAGUUUACAAUACUCGAGUUUCGAAUAGCGGAUAAUGGCUUUUGGUGGCCGUAUUGGCAAAUAAAAAAUCAUUAAUUGUUGAUAAAUAAUGAACAUUGAUAAAUCGGUCAUCAAGAAAAUACCUGGAGAAAUAAUUCCAUUGCCUAAAAAAUCAAGUCAAGGAUAUAUUGAUGAUUUGCAGAAAAAACAAAAAUUUGAAUUAUUAGAACUUUUAGAAAGACAAGAGAAGCUUGCUAAUAAAUCAUUCAUCUCAAAACUUCCAGAUAAAGGAGAAAAAAUUCUGAAUUUUAAGCACAAAAUUAUGCAGGAAAUUGAGCAUCGAAAUAAAGUCGAGGAUGCUGCUAAACUACUGUCUAGACUCAAUAUUGCUACAGAGGGAAAAGCAGCUAUGGAUGAAUUAGAAUGGACUGGAAAGUAUACCGAAAAACCAAUACGUUAUGAACAAAAAAUUGUUGAACUAGAUAGCGACGACGAAGAUGAUGCCUUAAAAAUACUUGCUCAGCCAACCGGAAGUGGUACUCAUAAAAAGAAAAUCAUUCAUAUAGGCCCAGAAGAAAAUUUAAUAAAACCAGAAGACUUGGAGGAUAUAGAUUCUUUUAAAACAUUAAAUUCCUUAAAAUCAGAGCACGUUAACUUUAUCUUAAAUAAAGUAGAAUGUUCUGAUCAUGAAAACAAGAAAGAACCGUUUAAGCCAUAUAAAACAACAAAAACGAAUGUACAUGAUCCUGAUAAGGAAAAACAGAGAGAAAAUAAGAAAAAGGCACAUUGGGAAAUAACUGCAGCCACACCACCACUCAUUGUUCAUGGUGCUAUUAAAACACUAAAUCUCAAUGAAUCUUUGAUGUUACAGAAGGAACAAGCUCUAAAACUACAGAAUAUCCAGGCGAAGAAUGCCGUAGAACGUUUAACUCAACAUAUUGGAAUGUACAAAGUCGGCGACUUAUCAGGCAGAGCAGGAAACUAUCGAAUACAGAAUACAAAAGACUUUAAUUCAUCCAGUUCAGAAGAUGAGGAAAGUUAUCCAGAAGUUCACGACGAUGAAGACAACGAUAAAGGUGGAACUGUGCUUUUUACUGUAGAUACCAUAGAAAGUUAGCUACAAUAUUUAAACUUAGUUAAUUUAUAUUGUAUAUAUAGUAUUAUGAAGAGAUUAAUUUAUAAAGCAUUGAAUUACCUCAUUAAAUAAACCGAUUUUUAAAUAUUUUUAUAACUGAUUUGUUUCACUGUUAUUUAUU